CGCAAGUUUUACUUUCGGCUUUAGGCAGGUAAGUGUGGAUACUGCAUCAUGAUUUGAAACGAGAAAUUAUCACUUUUAUGGACACAGUACUUCAAAAACGUUUUGCCUUUAAGACUCGAUUGCAAAACAAAAUGCUAUGCUUCGAAAAUACGAUGUUAAACAGCGAAAUAUUCCACAUUCUGUAACGCUGGCUAAAAUAUUAAUAACGACUGUUCGAAUAAGAUAAGUUCUUGUUUUUGAUCAACGUUUUUUUAGGUCGCUGAGAAGCUGGAUAUUCUGAAGUCAGAAGGCUGAGGCAAUCGAGAAAGCCUACCGCUGUUCUUCUUGGCCUAUAAAUUUCUCAAAAGCAGAGACGAAAGGUAUUAAGCGUGGUCAAGCAAGCUAAGUAGAAGAAGGUUGAGAAGGCGGAAGUUCGCAGUACGGGGUUUUUAAACAAUGAGAAUCAUAGCAAGCCAUUGCACGCUGAAGCAAUCUGAACAGGAGCGCUGACAUACCAUUUUUAUCUGCAGUGGGAUGGAAGAACGCAUCUUUAAGCACUCAGAUGCCGUUGAUAUACAAGCUGAUACAAAACUUGACCUUCCACUAAGUCAGUCGAAAACAACUAGAUUGGGUUAAGAUGGGGUGGCGGUUGGAGUGAUUAGCAGAAAUAAUCAGAACACUUAUUUUUUCCGUUUACAGGUUUUUGUUCUAUCCAAGCUGGCGUGGGAAUUUAUUGUUGCUGCUGUUCUCAAAAUCCCCAGCGAAGACAAGAGAGACCUAUCUCUAGAUCUACUAAUCUUGCUUACAGUGUUCCAAACCUUAACCGUGAUUUCGAUACAGAUGGCUGGAUAUCGACUCUCCCUUGAUGACCAGAAGCGAAUUCCGCCCAAGUACAUUUGCAACCAGUGCAGUUUUGUACUACGUGAGCCAAUGCAGACGCCUUGUGCUCAUUUUUAUUGCAGGACUUGUUUAGAAGACUUGAAAAGGUAACGAGCUUCAACCUUCAGAUCUAAUUUAUUAGAACUGGAAGGUUCUAAAAAUGUUAAACAGAAAAUUGCAUUCGCUAGGAUAUGUACUUCGCUUCUUCUUUUGCUCAUGAUAUACACCUGAUGUAAUAUAACGAUGACGAUUUGAUAUAACACGCAGUACGAAUUGCUAAUGUUAGACUUGAGCAUAAGUCUGUCAGAUAUACUCCCUUUAGUUUCCGCGAUAGAGAAUGUUGGUUUAAUUGGUUUCCGUAAUAACAGUGUUUUACAGAAAGGUGGAAGGGUGGUGUGAGUGUGUGUGCGUGUUUGUUUUGUUUUAUCGUUUUUUUUUUUUGAGGGGAGAAAGGGGAGGGGGGAAGGGGGGAGGGUAGGGGGUGGUGGGUUUCUGGGUGGUUUAUUAAUCCCUCGCCCGCGAGGUGCUGUCCGGUCUUUCUCCUGAAAUAUACUCAGCAUGGCUCAACCCAUCAGGAGCAUUUAGUACGAAGUCAAAUCGUGUUGUCGUUUCCUUGUUUCGUCGUUUCUUUGUGUCACUUCGUGGCUUCGUUCCGUCGUUUUGUCCACCACUUUCUUUUAAUUUCGCCGUUUUCUCGUCUCACUUUGUUGCUUCUUCCCGUCGUCUCGUCGCUUCGGUGUCGGUGUCGAUUUUUCACUCGUCUUGUCGUUUCGUCGUUUCGUUUCGCCCAUUUAACAGGGUAAGCAAAGUUAAUGUUGAUUUCUACUGACGCAUUUUUGGCUACGCAGGUUAAUGCACUUAAAUUUUAAUCACGUAAAUGAAAUAGAGGCAAGAUAAAAAGUGCUGAGCUUAAACGAGAAAUUGAGCGGGGUUCAACUUUGACGCUCACGAGCGACCUUUCAUCUUGCCUCUAUUUUACUUGCGAACGUAAAUUUUACGUAGACGUACGUAGGCACGUAAAAAUUGCAUGUCACUGGAAAUCAACCCUUAGUUUGAGUUGGCGGGGAAUUCGAGUUAUCCGAGUUGAGUUAUUGAGAUUCUGUAUUAGCAUUUCGUACAUACACUGAAUUUCUGAAACAGGACGUCAAAUGUGGCCUCUUAGGAACCACUUUUGCAGUUUUUAUCCGCUUGAGCUAACAAUAAAGUUAAUACGUUUGCAGGAUGGUAUAGGACUUUGUAUUCCAAACAAUCGUAUGUUUUUUGUUUUUCGAUUUUAACAGUUUUUGACGGGAAAAUGACGUCACAGGAUUGACAGAAAAAUAUAAAAUUUAAGUUAAGUAAUGGCGUAACCAAUAGGUGAUUUUGAAAGAGAGUGACGAAAUAGAAACAAGAGCCAUUAUGGCUCUUGAUAGAAACAAAUGUGAAAAAGUUUUUUGAAAAGCUCAAUCGGGUAAGGAAUUAUUAAGUCUUGACUUUUGAAAUUCCCGCCAUUUUGUUACUAUUUUUAGAAACAGAAGCACAUUUAGAAAUGCUUAAUCUCCUAAAGCAAUUGAGUUUUUCAAAAAAAAUUUCACAUUUGUUUCUAUCUCGUCACCCUCCUUCAAAAUUACCUAUUUGUUACGCCAUUAGUUGAAAAUAUUUUGCUCUCAAUCUUGUGCCGUCAUUUUCCCGCCAAAAUCCGUUAAAAUCGAAAAACAAAAAAAUGCUAUUGUUUGGAAUACAAAAUUCUACCAUCCUGCAAACUUUGAGCUCAAACGGAUAAAAACUGCAAAAGUAGUUCUUAAGUGGCUACGGUUGGAGUCCUGUUUGCCCACCGUAAUGAUCACCGCUCAUAGACCAAGGCAAAAUCAGAUGUUGAUCGAGAGGAGCAAACAAACAAUAAUUGGCCGUCUUCACUACAAUCGGAAUAGUAACUGACCCAGUAAGAAUAGUGGUUUUAAGGGGGCGGAGGGGCGGGGGUUUGUAGUGUUGAUCCCGCCUAAUACCAAAGGAAAGUAGAAUAAAAGGAAGGAUAAAUUCCCUCCGGGGAAAUUUACAACCGGGCGUUUUCGCUUUUCCUUCUCUUCGUGUUUUUGCUGUGACUGUGAUCUGUACAAAAAAAGAAUAAGAUAAAUAGCCAUAACGUCCAGGAAUGGUAUAAUUAUAUAGAAAAUGUGACAAUAUUUCCGUAAAUCACAAGCGACCAGAUAAAAUUCUCCCAGUAGGUCUUAUAUAUGCUUGCAACUUCACCCAUUUUUUCCUUACAUAUUUUUCUUAACUAACUUGCAUUUCAACCAUUCAUUUUCUUCAAGCGGAGACACGACUUACAAAUGUAAAGUUGACAAUGAAGAGUUUAACACCUCAGAGGUAAUUAAGACACUUGACACAAUUCAACCUAAAGCAUGCAUUACUCGGGGAGGCUCCACUCUGCCCCAUGUCCAACUCUUUACCCUUUUAAUAUAUACCAUUUUUGACUGACAACGUAUCGCUUUCGUAUACCUUCUACUGAAGAAUGAUACCCCUCUUACUUAUCUCUAGUCUUUUUGGAAUAAAGUUAAUGAUGAUAUAUUAUUACGGAAAAACACUGAAAUUAAAAAAUGACACAUCCGUUAGAUACGGGAGCGUAUGUUUGGAUGGUUGUAAGUUGAUUUCACUACGCAAUUCUGCCCUUUUCUACUAUUUAACAAUAAAUAUAUUUUAGUUGGCGACCAAUUAAUUUUUAUUAAUAUAUAUAUAGAAGUUGGUUGAAUAAAAUGUCUUUCGUACUUUCUGUAACUUUCACUAGACCAAGCGUUUUUUUAGAAGUAUUUAAAUGGUUCAACGACGAAAAUGCCAUCUUUGGUGCUAUCCAUUGAGUGAACUACUCUUUGGUCUUUAUAAUGAUAGGAAGAAUAAAAUCCCUUGGAAAUUGUCAAAAAGCCAGAUUUUACUCUUUUGUUUGCGAAACAUUACGACGGACAGCUCCAACAUUGAUUGUUAAGCAGAUUGAAAUAACUCCCUCGUUAUUUUUUUCUGAAAUAACUUGCGUUAUAAUUUAAUCAUUGAUUCAUCAGAAAGGUUAAGUUUCACGUUUAUGUCAAACGUCAAAAGCGAAUUUGCAGCACGUGGCCAAGUUUCGCCUUUACUUUUCGUUUACUUUUCAUUAUUUGUGCACAUAAAUUAUAGUAGUGUCACGCAAUGUUUUAUCCGUAAGAAUUUUUUUGCGCUGUUUUUAUCUGCUCAUUUUCUGUUUUGAGAAAUUCUCAACUUGAAUCUGACGUCAGCCGUUUGCCGUAUACGUGAAGCUGUUCCCAGUACAAGAAAUGAGAUGAGGUUAAGUUUGUGUAUAAUUAUAUGAUGAUGAUGAUGAUAUCGAUGAUGAUCAUUGUAAUGACGAUAAUAAUAACGAUAAUGAUUAUCAUGAUGGUGAUGUGUCAAUGAAUACAACUAGACAGUCUUCCAAAGUUCUAAAUGGAAGUGUUCAUUUUGCAGGUAUUUCCUGAUGGCUGGGUCAGAAAUGAAAUCAAUCAUUUAGCUGUACACUGCCCUCACAAGGAACGCGGUUGUGACUGGGAGGGAAAGAUAGCCAGCCUAGAGGUGAGUCUAAGGUUCUACCUCUGUAUUAUCCCUGAUUAACAAUGUUAUUCUUGCGGAAAUCCAGGCAUAAUAUAAUAAUUUCUACGAACAUUAUCAUAUAGAAGAAGAACAACAGCAACAACAACGACGACGACGACAACAACAGCAGUAAUAUGAAAAUUUGAAAAUCUACUCUUUGUAUUACGCAAAAGACACAAUAAUUUAUAAAACAUUACAGUAAUAAUAGAUAUUAAUUUAGGACCUACCUGGUGUACAGACAGGUCUUUAUUGUCAUGGCAAUAACAAUCUUACGGAUAGAUUUCUCAGAGUAAAAUAAGGAGCCUUACCACGAUUUAGCGUCUUGGGUAGCCUGUUCUUGAUCGCGGAGCAAGGUUGAGAGUGAAGGGUUAAGGUUGCGCGGAAUUAAUACAAGAGCAUUUAGCUGGGACAAAGUUUCCGUCAUAACUUUUUCGAUUUUAACGCGAUGGCUGCGAAACUUUGCAAAGAACAACAGAUAUCAUUCGGCAAUAAUACGAAAUAUUCCAAUUUCAUUGAUGGUAAAUAUUUCUUGAGAAAUUAGCGCUUAAAAGGACCCUAAUGUUCAAAGAAAAUCGCGUCUAGUAAAAAAUUUUGCUGAUAUUUUUUACUGAAAUUUCUGGUAUCGGCUUUAAUUGAUAUAAUAAAUAUGCCAGAGGAAUUUCAGAAAAAUCGUUGGAGCAGAAGUCCGUAACUAAAAGUCGCUCAAAAUUCAGUUGUGAAAUUGUUUUGGGAUUUCAAAAAUAAACUACUAUCAGGUAGAAGGAGCCACCAGUUUGAAUUUUCGGGACAAGUAAAUUCAACGUUUGCUAGUUCUUAAAACAAAAGCCGAUUGCCUAUCGUGCUAUUCUUUAAAAGGUACUUUUUAGUUUUAGAAGCACUAUAAAUUGCUCCAAACCUUGCUCUGAGCAUAGUUAUUAGAGGAGACUGGUUAUGAAAAGCGCAAACAUCAAUGAUAAAAACAACAGUGCUGCAGUUUAUGUUGGAAGUACCGUGAAAGUGCACAAUCCUUUGUUUUCUGUUGGCAAAUUGUUACGGCAUAAAUUAAUGCAACGUUUUUAUUGGUCAAUACAAUCAAAAUGAUAGGAAUUCUUUUGAACGUUGUGCACUUUCAGGUCCACAAAAACAUAUUACAAAGGAGUCUGACGGGUUUCAUAACCAUUCCACUCAAUUAACUAUGCUCUGAAGUAGAAUUACUGGUUCUUCGACAGUUUUAAAAUAUCCCUUGGCAGUUUUGGCUCAAACUCCUGCUGCUUACAUUUUGAUGUAUUGCAAUGCAGUUUCAACGACUUUUACUGCUAUUCGUUGCUUCCAGCUCAGGAAAAAAGUAUUGAGAUUGGACGCUACCUCGUAUCAGACCUAAGAUAGAACUGUCCAGCACCUUUGUUUAUGACUACAAAAUGAGCACGAGCGGCAGUUCUGCGAGGAAUUCGCACCUCACCCAGGGGGGACGAACGACAAUGAUGACCAUGCCUGUGAACCGAAUAACAUCACAGUGCAAAAUAAAAUUAUCGCAAAAAUACUGCCCGUGAAUAAAUUUACAACUCUGAAAUUUUUGUCACUCCUUCCUUCAAUGAAUGGGUAUUUUUUUCUUGAUUAUUAUGUUUUGCUCUGAAAUACAUGCUUAUACAGAUCGGUUCACAGACAUGGGCAUCAUUUUCAUUCGUCCCCCCUGGCUGAGGUGCGAAUUCCUCGCAGAGCUGCCGCUCGUGCUCAUUUUCUGGUCAUAAACAAAGGUGCUCGACAGUUCUAUCUGAGCUUCGAUACAAGGUAGCUUACAAUCCCAAUACCUUUUUCCUGAAUUGGAAACAACGUACAGCAGGAAAAGCAGUUGAGGAUGCUUUGCAAUACAUCAAAAUGUAUGUAGCAGGAGUUUGAACCAAAACUGCCAAGGGAUAUUUUAAAAAUGUCGAGGAGCAAGUCAUUCGACGUCAGAACAAAGUUUGGAGCAAUUUAUAGUGCUUCUAAAACUAAAAAGUACCUUUUAAAGAAUAGCACGAUAGGCAAUCGGCUUCUGUUUUCAGAAUUAGCAAACACUGAAUUUACUUGUCCCGAAAAUUGAAACUGGUGUCUCCUUCUUCCUGAUAGUAAUUUAUUUUUGAAAUUCCAAAACAAUUUCACAGCUGAAUUUUGAGCGACUUUUAGUUACGGACUUCUGCUCCAACGAUUUUUCUGAAAUUCCUCUGGCAUAUUUAUUAUAUCAAUUAAAGCCGAUACCAGAAAUUUCAGUAAAAAAUAUCAGCAAAAUUUUUUACUAGACGCGAUUUUCUUUGAACAUUAGGGUCCUUUUAAGGGCUAAUUUCUCAAGAAAUAUUUACCAUCAAUGAAAUCGGAAUAUUUCGUAUUAUUGCCGAAUGGUAUUUGUUGUUCUUUGCAAAGUUUCGCAGCUAUCGCGUUAACAUCGAAAAAGUUAUGACGGAAACUUUGUCCCAGCUAAAAGCUCUUGUAUUAAUUACGGAGCCACCUUAAUCCGAAACCAAAUAAGGGUGAAGUAUAUUAGCGAAUUCUCACAGGCAAAUUUGAAAUUUAAGUGUCCUGAAAUGGCUAAUUAUCUUCUGAUAAUAGCAACGAACCAAGUUUGUAAUGGUUAUAAUACCACUUUAGCUGUGAAAGCCGGAAACCCGAUGCUCCCGUUAAUUAAAAAAUAUAUUAAAGGUAAAAAUGUAAUAUCUCAGAAUAUUUAGGAUGACAAUAACCAAGGUCAAUUGUGGUAUUAGGGUGCGCUUCGGUCGACGUUGUGGCUCGAUUGUCGGGGCUUGGAUCCUCAAGUAUCAGUCAUUAUUGACAAAGAAACGUUAUCUGCGAGCCUGAUAAACAAAUUAAUUGCGCGGAAAAGUAUUGAUCCGAAAGUGAAUUAUUUCUUGAUAGAAACAGAAGUCGUUAAAACACUAUUAUCUUACGGUUGAAACCUAACAGAUUUUUUACCAACAGACCUUGAAACCAAGUCUCAAUCAAAAGGAAUAAAAAGGAAAAAGUACAUGUACGAAAAGAAAAACAAAAAUAAAUGAAGAAAAAACAAAAAGAACUACCUUGAUUUUUGAAAUUUACAUAUCAGGGUAUUAAUUAACAAUUAUUGUAUUACUGAGUGUGGGCUAACCACCCCCCUUUCCUGAACCUUACCGUUCCUGAGAAAGCAAGGAGUACGAAAAGCGAUUUGCAGGCCAGAAAGUAAGAAAAAUUCAGCAUUACCUUAUUCUACUUAAUUUUCGCGGGUUCUUAAAUUCGCGAUUUUCGCGAUUUUAAAAAAUUCGCGAACUUAAAGACCCGGGAAGAAUAACGACCGCGAACUUUGAUCUCGCGAAAUUUAAUGGACAUAGAAAAAUCAUAUAUUUGUGUUUUCAAGGGUCCUAAACAAUUUUUAACUCAAGGUGUUAGUACAAGGAGCUAUCAUCUAUCAACUUUAGAUGUUAAUCAGUGUCAAGAUUCGCCUCAAGUUCUUCUUCGGCAUCUGAGUAAUCAUCUUCGCACAGUUCCUCCAAUACAUGUCCCGGCUCCCUGUAGUGUGUAGUUACGAGUGUGUUGUAUCUUUCCAUUAUUGCCCCGUUCCUUGGUGUAUCGUCCAUUUCACACAUCACCUCACAUAUCACCUCACCACAUCGCUAAAGGGUGGGAAAAGGCUGGCAUCGCCCAACUAUUAGAUGAAUCGUUAGUCUGCCCCCUGAGGAUCCAUUUGAAGAGAUUGAAGGUUCUAUCGAGAUCUCCCAGAAAGGACAUGUAACGAUCAUACUCUCGAUACUCGAUAAUGACUCUGAAGAACAAGAAGACUUUUUUUAAUACUGUAAGACUGACUUUUAGAGGAAUACAGCUGCCGCUAAGGGACAGCAUAUUGGUUUUCUUUCAAUUGUUGAUUAACGUACAAUUUUUGUCAAAAAAAGAAAACGUAAAGUCACUUAAUCGUCAAUUUCGCGAAAUUAAAUCCCCUGCAAACACAAUUUUUCUCCGCGAUCGCGAAAUUAAAGACUCGCGAAAUGUGCCGAGAAAAUUUUCGCGAAAUUUAAGUCCCGCGAAAAUAAAGGAGAAUAAGGUAAUUCACUCAGAUGGGAAUACAGUACUGUAAUGCUUUAGAGGGUCCUCUAUUGCGUGUUAUGGUCAAAUACUUAGGUUCAUACAAUAACAUUGCAGACCCUAAAGAAGACUUUAACAUAUUAAAAAAAAGACCUAGCCUAGGAGCAAGCAGUAGACCUCAGAAGAUAUGACAGUCUAAUCUGCUAAAUUCGUUGAAAUUUCAAACAUUAAGAACGCUUGUAGAGCCUGUCCUCCUUGUAUGGUUCAGAAACUUCUAACGCUCAACAAUAAUCUGGCAGCAUUUGUACUCCCGUGGGAAGUUGGUGCUGAAGGCAAGCAACUGGUCUAGAAGUAUUAAGAAGACCUCAAAUAACAAGAAAAAUCUUGUUGCCAGUUUUGUAACCCGCACCGAGGCUUUUCGCGGGGGGGGAAUUAGCCUUACAGACUAUGCAUGAAAACGACGUUGGAAAAAGUCUUAAAACUUUCCAAACAUGGAUAAAAUGAUUGAUAUAUUACAACAAGUCCAAAACGGAAUUGACAGCCACUGCAUUUCUUUCCAGUUUGAAAACUUAUUUGAUUUACUUUUGAGAUUGGCACAUUUUUACUAAGAUGGCGGACUGGUUUUAGCGGUUCUUCGUGCAGCGUUAACAGCAGUGGAAAUUGCCGUCAAUCUGAGGAUGACCCCUGUCGAUUCCGUUUUGGACUUGUUGUAAUAUAUCUAUCAGGGCACGCCGAAGGUACCGAAUAAGCACCUCACGAGGUGAGCAAGACGGAAUGUCUCGUUUGAAUACCAUUUCGGUUUGCUAAAUAAUACUGUUUAAGAUCCAGGCCUGGAUCCUAAGUAAACUUCUCACGUGAUGCCCUUUUUGCAAAUUGCCUUUUUUGCGGUGCCUCAAGUUUUGCGUUAUGCCUCUUUGCGUACUGCAUUUUUGCGUCAUGCCUUUUUGCGUGUUGGCUCUUUGCGUGAUGCCUCUUUGCGUGUUGCCUUUUUGCGUGAUGUCUUUUUGCGUGUUGGUUCUUUGCGUUAUGCCUUUUUCGUGUUGGCUGUUUGCGUGAUGCCUCUUUGCGUGUUGCCUUUUAGCGUGAUGCCUUUUUCUGCGUGAUACCUAUAUGAUAGUGGCUUAUGUAGUAUUUCUUCCUUCUAACGUGGUCUUUUUUUUUUUUUUUUUUGCCAACUUUGACUCGGUAUAUUUCAGAUUUGACUUAGUCCUUUUCACUUUUAGGUUAUUGAAUUUUGUCAUAGAUAUACCCUCAUAACCUUAGCGUAUCUUAGAUCACGGAUAUGCGCAUAUCUAAAUGCUAAAACAAUGAAGACGUCUCCAUGUUUAUUUAAUUAUUUUGAAGACCUGAAUUUUAACCUGAAGUCGGCGUAAUAAUCCAGUUACAUUCACACGAGACAGUAAUCGCCUAACAUGUGAUGAGUAAUUUACACAUUUAUUUUUUUGUUAUUGCUGGGCACCGUACCGCACUGCACUAGCUGGAAUGGGCUAUCCAGUCGUGAAUUGAUUAGAAUCAACUUUCGCAUAACUUUCUAGAAUCAUCUCCACUCGAAGAACAGGGUGAGUCUGAAAACGAAGGAGUGGCUGACUAAUUCUCAGUUUGAAUUACGAAAAGAAUCUUAAUUCCUUUAAAAAAUCUAUCUAGUGGUUUAAAAUUAUUCGCUAAUUUGUUAAAGUAGACCAAAAUGUUUACAAAACCGCUAACAAGAGCUCCGCGAUACAUACUAAUUAAAUCCCUCUUUCUAGCAAUCGGGCAGAGCUAUCUCCACGAUCUUUCACACAGGUUUUUAAAAAGAUUAAAACUACUACGAGGUGAAAUUGCAUGUCAAAAGCGCUUCGUUUUCUGCAGAUAACGGCCAAACAUCACGAUUUUCCUUUUCUUACCGUAUUUCUAACGGUAAAAACUUCAUCCCGAACUAUCUCGAUAAAGCUCUUACAGAUUUUGCAUAAACUUUGCAAACAUCGAGAACACCGUAUUGGCGAAAAAAGCUCCUGUGAACGAUUUUGUAAGGUUGCCAGUGCCAAGAAGUUUUAAUGCUGCUGAAGUAAAAUAGGUAAUGGCGUGAUUUCGAUGUUAUGACAACUCUGAUGUCAUUGCAACCCUGAUCAUGACAAAUUUUCAUUUACUGUGGUGGCAAUUUUUUCUAAUGUUUGUUUAUGGCGACGUAGUUUAUGCUCAAACCUGGUAUUGAGCCUGAAAAAGUUUAUCGAGCCACCUUCAUACGCCAGUACGGCCUAUGUUGUUGCAAUAUGGCCCUCGUUUCUUUUCGACCCUUUUUUUUUUUAAAAUUUGGGACACUUGUGAGAUUUUUUUGGGCAAAUGGUUUGCCGCUUCCCCUGGCAAAAAAUUUCCCCUACGCCAAAAAAGCUUUCUUCCCAUUAAAAUCUUAUUCUAAGAAAACUUUAAGAAAAAAUAUCCCGAAAAGCGCUCGAAAAUACAAACGAAAUGUGCUCAUACCCCCUGGGCAUCCUAUAAUACUCCUUUAGUCGAAUUAAUUCCGCCGUAUCGGUAAAAAGGUCUAUUGGUCGCUGAUUCCGUAAACCAGAAUAGCUCGGUUAACCAAUAUAACUUUUAGACCGGAAUUACAGGAAACGAAUUUCCCCUUGACGAAGCCAAUUUCCCUGCUUAGCUCGGAAACGAAAACAAAAACUUUUGGUCGCAGGUAAGAAAAGAGUAAACAAACAAGCACUUAUCAUGUCACUCGCUUCUGUUUGACUUCCGCUGCAGUUGAGUUUGAGUUUAAAUUGUCAAAAAAUGAUGAAGUACUCUUGGAGAAACCUUCGGUACUCAUCAGCCUUUGGCUGCUACUACUGACCCUUCAAUAGAGUACGAUACAUGUAGAAGUAUUAAGAGGUUUCAAGAAACGUAUGCAGAUUUACUUAUAGUUUAAAACACAGUUUCGAAGUGAACGUUUUAUGUUAUUCUUUGAACUGUGCACUUGGAGAUUUAUUAUAUUAGCUAUUCAGUUUUAUCCAGGUUAAUUAUAUCUUGUGUUUGUUAUAGGAUUGCUCGCAAGCAUUACCAUUUUGACUACUAUUUCCGACUAACUUCAAGAUCAUAUUUCUCCUUCAUCAUCGCGACUGAUCACACGACCCGAAGAAAGUUAUGCACCAAAACUCAAACACACAUUUUAUAAUUCACAAGAUAGCCUUCAUACAAACAUACACAGACGCAAUUGGCCAAAAUCACAGGCUGAAUGGCAAACAUCCAGCCUAUUCGAGCUUGUGUUUGUUUCCUGCGUGGCUAUUUCCAACUGGAGAAUAAUUAUAGCCUGAUUUCUUCUUCUUGUUACAAUAGCCAAGGAUACAAAGCAACAUCAACCCGUAUGUUUCACUAGCACAGCCCCUGUUUUAGUUUAAAACAAGGAUGGAAUUCACUAGAACACUGCGCCUCAUAACGAACAGUAAAACUAAUUUUUCCAAUAACAUUUGUUUUCCCACUUAAAUUUCUAGGAACAUACUUCAGGGUGUGACUUUGUGGAGAUACCUUGUAUGUUUGAAAAGUGUCAAACAAAAGUGCUUAAGUCGAAACUAGCUGAACACCUUGAAAACGAAUGCAGCCAAAGAAAAUCAAAGUGUGACCACUGUGGUCUGGAAAUGCUGUUUGGUGAAGUGGAGGUAACAUUUUGUACACGUGCUCCGAAACUUACUUGUCUUAUAGCACCUGAGAGAUUUCUCUGUGUUUUUUACUAGGACUGAACUUUAAUGAACCAAGAAACAAACAACCAAAAAAAUGAAACAAAACUGCAUGUGGUCUAUCUCUCUUUUGGGGCCCAACUUAACGUCCUCAGUAAAAGGCUAAACGCUUGUGUGCUGAGAUUGCACUUAUAAGAUCCAUCUUCUUUAAUUUCACUCUUGCCUAUUACUCAGUCCCAACCACUACCCUAAACUUGAUAGAUUAUUUGUAAACGGUGCAUGACGACCUUUCUGAGGGAUACUUCAAAAGUCACACCCCUUGUUUUUGCUCGUAGGAAAUCUUAUAUAAAUUCCAUACAAAUCGUAGAAUUAACGAUCGCAAAAAAACGUUAUCUAGAGCACUACGAAGUGGAAGGGAAGUACAUGUUAUCAUUCACUUUUGAAGUAAUUUAAUAAAUCAAAUAAACAAUCGGUUGUCCUCUGAUUGUUUUAACAGAAUCAUGUUAGCAGCGACUGCCAAUCAAUUCCCAUUGACUGUCAUCUUUGUGACAAGAAAGGCAUUCUUCGGGGAAAGUUACAAGAGCAUCACGAUCCAGAAUUUGGUGACUGUGAAGGCACCAAAGCUUUCUGCCCAUUUUUUACACUUGGCUGUAGAUCCAGAGAGGUAAUAAGGCAGACGUAAACGAUUGAAUGUGUAAUAAUACGUAAAUAGUUUCGCAAAUUUUAGAAGCUAUAUGUUAAGAUAAUUAACCAUAGACUAGUUUCCUAUAUUUUAUAAAUGCUUUAGACGAAGGAGAGCGCCAUUCUAAUUGUGGUUUUUUAUGGUCUCUCAAACGGAGAGCACGCAUGUUAAGCACUCCGAGGAUACCCUAUAUUCUUUUUAUUCACGAAAUUCUGUCUACAAUCACUUCUACAGAAAUCUCUAAGCACAAAACAGCAACAACAACAACACCAACAACAACAACAGCUACAAAAAAACGACAUAAGCAAACAACACAGUAAAUAAGCUAAGACAGGGGAAGUUGAAAGAAAAUUAAAAUGCAGCAGUAAAGAAAUUUUGAACAAUCCGAACUAAGGGCGACGGCCGCUCACCAAAGAUCGUUUUUUAUUAUUCGAAGGAAUUUUGGGUUUUUCUGUUUCGUCAAUAAUCUUAGCGGACCUCCUCCUAGGAACACAAAAAAUCAUGGUUUGUGAUUGGUGGAUUUCGAUCCAUUUUGUUUGGUUCUGUGUUUGACAUUAGGUUCGUUGCUUGGGAUCGUCCCUUUUGGGGCAAUCAUCGACUUGUUCGCGUCGAAGAUUUUUUCCGGUCUUUCUUUUUCUUGUCACUUGCAACAAUAAAGCAAUGUCUGCCACCUUCCCUCGACAAAAAUCCCACUAACCAUGGCGAUUUUUUACGCUAUUCUUGCGCAGUCUAUAUUUGAAGAGUCAUUCUCAGUUUUGUUUUUGCGGGCAAAGCUUGGUGGAGUGCGUUGAAUUGUAAUUUGCAUUACAUCUAACCCAAGCCCCACAUCUUUCUUGAUCUCGCUGGGCGCCAUAUCUUGUGAAAUGAGCGGCCGUCGCCUUGAGUUCGGAUUGUUCCAAAUUUCUUUAUGAUUACUCCUGGCUUUGAUUCGUGCAAACUCAGACGUUGUCAAAACAUUUUCAGCUUGAUUUAUACUUGAAACAUCACAAUUCCUUAUUUUUUAUAUCCUUUACAAAAAUGUUUUGCAACGUAUUUUGAACUGGCUCUGAUGAGUACAAUUAUGCGCAAAUUCAUUGUUUAGAUUUCGACUUGUCAUUGGCUAAUUUCAAAAUUUGUUUCAAAAUUUUGUCUGGGUGACCUCGGUUCGUGUAGUCGCACUGUAAAAACAAACAAAAGUGAAAUCGGCCAUGUUAAUGCUGUUAUAAGGUAGUUCACGGAAUAAUUUUUAGUCACUUCUGAUUGACAGUAUUUUAAGUAUCUCUACGUUGUUAUGAGUGUAUUUCUGGUAUUUGCAGGAGAUGAGGCUCACUGAGAGAAGGCGUCACGAGCAAUCGUUGGUAAUGUAUCACCUGAACCUCCUGCUUCAUUUUGCGCUUUCUUUGAGGGACGAUUUUGAAGGUUAUUGUAACGAGAUAAAGCCAAUUGAUCGACUAAAGUCAACAGUCAGCCAACUUCUCACUCAGGUAACGGCAGUGGUACGCGAGAAUGGAAGUAUCCAAGAGGAAGUCGAUAGCUUAAGGACGCAACUUGCGCGGGUGGAGGAAAAUUUGGUGGAACCGCAUUCUGCUGCAACCGGGCAACAUCACUCCUUGCAAGUGCAGUAUCAACAAAUAACUGCAAUGUUAGCUGAUUUUAAGCGUCAGCUGAACAACAUGGAGGCUAAGUUUGAAAAUCACGAAUUGCUACUGUUUGAAGCAAAUCGUUAUAUUGAAGAGCAAAACCAAGAGAUUGCUAGGUUGAAGCGACAAGAGGAAAUUGACAGAGAGCAAUUAAACCGGUUACAGGCCAAAGUAAUAUCUGCGGAGGAGAGCUUGAAGAGACGGAAUACACCACCGGAAGCUGGUAUUCAAACUUCCCCGAGAGAUCAAGAACCAAACAGCUUUGAUGGCACUCUUCUAUGGAGGAUAAAUAAUGUUUCAGCGAUUAUGUAUGAUUCGUUUAACGAACCGGAGAAGUCGUUUUAUAGCCCGCCGUUCUUUACAAGUCGUCAUGGAUACAAAAUGUGCGCACGUAUUUACCUGAAUGGUGACGGGAUGGGAAAGGGGACACACAUUUCGCUGUUUUUCGUGCUCAUGCGGGGUGAGUUUGACCCGUUACUUCGCUGGCCAUUCAGACAAAAGGUUACCUUCAUGUUGUUGGAUCAAAACAAUGUGGAGCACGUGAUUGACGCCUUUAGGCCGGAUCCAAACAGUUCGUCCUUCCAAAGACCGAGAAGGGAGACGAACAUCGCCAGUGGAUGCCCCCUCUUCCUGCCGCUUGCGGAUUUAAAUAACCACUCUUAUAUCAAGGACGACGCAAUGUUCAUAAAGGUUAUCGUUGACUGCUCCGACCUGUAAAGAAAAGAAGAACUAAUUAGUUUGUGUCCUUGGAAAAAAACGUCAAACGAUUUAGAUGAUGAGCGUUCAUUAUUUCCUUAAUUUACGAUUUAACAAAAUUAAUUUCCUGCUAAACUGACCGAAUUGUUUACUACUUAUCAGCUGAACAAUUAAUGUAUAUUACCCGGUAGUGCGUUCCAGUGUUUCGUUACACAAUACCUAAAGCACCAAAGCAUACGCCUCGCUCAGAUUGGAUUCUAAAGUGCUGUUCUAAAGUGCUGCACGAGGCCGACCCUCAAUAACAAAAUAUGAUAUCUAGAACAGUCCUUGUAAUUGAAUCUGAAAACGUGCUUCAUUAUGUCUGAUUUUCUAGCUUACUAAAGUGUCUGGCUGCGCGAUAGUGCCAGACUUGCGUUAAAGAAAGUUGGGCUUUUAACUCUUACAAGGAAUAUAAUUUUUAACCUGAUCAGCGCAUCCAGUCCCACCUCCUACUUUACGACAAUUAUCGGAAAUGUGUAGGCAUUAAAUUUGAGCCUAUUUACCUUUAACACCUAAUAACUUGAUAUAUCGUUUGAAUGGGAUUCAUUUUAUCCGCACAUUAAUUGGAGCCAUGGCCUCUAUGAUGUUAGUGUUUCCCAAAAUGAGAGCUUGAUACCUCUUGUGAGUCACCGUCAUCCCGGUUCACUGUGACCAGUGCAGUGCGUGAAGAAUAAGUCCCGCUGAUUAAUAUCCUCCUUGACAACCUGGCAAUUGGCUGCACCACCCUAUUGGAAAGCUUAGAUCAUUAAUAAAAAUUUUCGCUCGCAGGGGUCCAAAAAUAGACCCCUGCGAGAACCAUAAUGCCACACUCGACCAGGUUGAAACGGCCUUAAGUGAACUUAAAAACUGCAGAGCUAUUGGUACUACCUAAAAGUUAACUUUGCAAGCCAUAAACUCGACACUUUCUGUUGGUGUCUUGUUCAUGUCUUGAAAACCUUUUUACUUAGGUCAAUCAGCUUUUCAGAUUUAUCGUCACUUGGUAUAUUCGUUUGCGGUCCUUUGCAGUUAAUUUUAAGUUGAAUAGAUGCCGCCUAACUUCACUGACUUGGAAUGGUCACAUAAGUGCACAGGGAGACAAAACUCGAAAUAUGAGUGACGUGUCAGCCAUGUUAUGUAUCCUUCGAAACAGGGCAAGGAUUUGUAGAGCUCGUGCUCCACGCAGCAAAGUAAAGACAUAUUACUUGAGCGAGGUGACUAUAGGCGUUGUUUAUUCAAAUAUAUUUCCCUUUUUUAGGUUUUUUGAAGCAUUUAGUAAACUUUGUUUUGCUAUACAAAUACCUGUUAUUCGAAGGUUAUGCAACAGGACUAACGUUGAUUUUUCAAGCUUGGGCUACAUGUGACGAACUAAAGAAACAUUCAAAUGCAAGAGAUCGUUAUUUGGCAAGUUGCUAACAGUUUUGUGUUUUCGGUAACAUUAACUCACUUAAAUUAUUUUAUUGUAAUUGUAAAUGUAAUUUGUGUACCCACGGAACACUUAGGAGUUCACGAGAACUCGUAGAAAGUGUCCGUGCGUUCCAGAUCGAAUUGGAAUUUGGAAGGGUUGGUUUUUAAGGAGAGGGGAAAACCGGAGUACCCGGAGAAAAACCUCUCAGAGAAAGGAAGAGAACCAACAACAAACUCAACCCACAUAUGGCGCUGACGCCAGGAUUCGAACCCGGGCCACAUUGGUGGGAGGCGAGCGCUGUCGCCACUGCGCCACCCUUGCUGCGCCACAAUUUGCAUUAGUUGUUUGUUACAGAUUGAAAAAGUGCCGGGAGACGACAAUAAUUAUUGCGACGGUGUUAUCAAAAUUGUGUGAUUUGGUGCCACUUUUAAUACAGUUUCCAGAAAUAGAGGUGACUUAAUUAACAAGGCAAAUAUUAUACCACAUGGUACGUGUCGCGCGGUAUUACACUUUGCCUUCAUAUCGCGAGCAGAGGACUUCUUCUGAUCUCUAAUAACGACCAAAUCAUUAUCAAUUUUAUUGAGCCUGCUUCUUUUAUAAGCAUUUAAAUAUGGUUAGUUUUGCAAAAUCUUUUCCAGUUACAACGUUCUUUGUUGGUUCAGUUGUUGUUUCCUCUUCCUCAGAAAUAUCACUCAAAUCUUCUUUUGUUGAUGGUUUCAUUUUAUUUCUUGAUUAUAUUAUUCAAUUAUGAACCUACGAGGGGGGCAUAAUUUCUGGCUCACUAGUAGUUAUAAUAGGAUGACUUCUGACUCAACUCCCCUCCCCCCUACUCUUUUCUAUCUCCGGCGAGCUAGCGAGGCGAGCGAGCAUAUAUGCCGUCUGGUUCAGAUUUUUUGAGUUUGAUGGGGGUACAAAUUUAAGUAGGGUAUCAUUUUUAUGAUUAUUUUUUGUCUUGUUAAGUGAAAAAAAAUGUCACAAAAUUUUAGGUAGUAGGUUUUAAUGACGGAAAAUAACCAGGGAAAAAAUGCGUGGCGGAUGACAGGAGAUAUGAGGGGAAUAAUUGGAAAAGAGUAGGGGGGGGGAGUUGAGUCAGAAAGCAUCAUAUUAUAACUACUCCUGUCCAGUCAGUUUGAAGCUGAACCAAGUGCUCCUUGUGACAAGUCAGCCAGUUAACAUUGCCGCGUGGCUUAUCGUCCUUAUCGUGACGAUCUUGGUUCUGUACUCUACUGCUCUCAACUUGUACUUCGCCUUUAUAAUAACAGCCUUCGAACGAAUCUUCAUUCAGGGCGCCAGCAGCCCUGGGAUGAGCGGGCAGCAGCGGACAGAACGGACAAUCUUGCUGUGAACGGAAAUCGAGCCCUCCCGCAAGAACACGAACGAUGACCGCCGUGAGCAGGUAAAUGGAAUUUUUUUUCCUUAUUAAUUUUUUAAAUUGUUCGUUUUCUUAGAGUUUUAUAAUUUAGGAGAAAUUGUGAGUCAUCAGUUUUCUCAAAUGGACAACAAAGAAGGCGGAGUUUUUUAUCUUACUGUACGGAAUGCUAGAAUAUCCUCUUACCGCGUUGGGAUACUUUUUACAAAAGUAGAUGUUUUAAAAUCUUUUCAAGUUAAAAGACUCUCCGAUGUAAAAAAAAUGUAAAAGUUUUCGUCUGUUUUGUUUUAGGGUUAUUUUUAUUUUUUUCUGUUGUUUCCGUGUACCACGUUUUUUUUUUUGUUGUUUUUAAUUAUUUCAGUAGUGUUUUAAAAAAGAAUACUACAGUCAGCUGGGAGAGUAACUCGGUCGAUCAGUUAAGGAAAGAAGAGAGUUAAAUCAGAAACUGUCAUUUCUGCAUCAGGUGAGGCAUUUUUUGUGGAUCGUGCUAUAAUAAGACAAAGUAGAGAAAUCGAGAAUUACUUUGUGAGGACAUACUGAUCAGCCACGAAGAAAGUUUUUCGGUGGUAGUGCCACAGUGAAGAAACACGGAGAAUACACUUGAACUGUUACUUGGAAGACUUGUAUAUGGUCUCGGUUGAUCAUUUGACAAAACCAAAACCUAGUUCAUUUGUGGGCAGUUUGUUCAUCGUCUGGCGAGUAAAGAAACAACAAAUGUCAACUUGGCAGUGCGUGCGUUGUGGUUCUAAAAUAUCCUUCGUUUCUUUCUUUCUUUCUUUCUUUCUUUUUUUUUUCCAGAUUUCCGUUAAAACGUUACCCAUAUCCAACAGAUUAUCCAAAAGAUUAAAUAAGAAUUACAGUGAAUUUUAACAUGUGUACAUGUUUAUUAAUGCCUUUUUCUUGUAAUACUGGCUUGUUAUUUAAGGUUGCACCAUCCUCAAACGAUUUUGCAUUCGUUUACUCAAGUUGUUGAUGUCGUAGGAUGUACUGCAUAAAUGACCGAUAACCAAACAAUCAGUUAAGCAAUGUUGAUCAUUGUCAGUAGACUAGACUGUAAAAGGAUCGCGAUAAUAUUCUCAUUCAAAGGUGCCACGUUGUAAAAUAAUGCUGAAUUCUGUUUUCAGCCAUGUACGCUAUAAACUUCAUCUAUUAGCCCUUUUGGACCUUUCUACACACCCAAUGACAGAUUUAAGUGUCUGUUUUAGAAUCAUAAUACCGAUAAAAAAGUGGAAUUCAGGCACUUAUUUGAAUCUGUGUAUGAGUGAGAAUAUUUCGAUAUUGUGAUAUUGUGUAUUCGAGAUUGUGUAUUGUGCUUAUGAUAUUGAAUUGUUUCGGAAUCUAGCAGAACGUUUCGCGACAGAAAUUUGCUAGCGUGUCUACAUGACAAGCUCGUUGCGCUUGUUAAGAGUGGCUAAAUGGGGCUUACUGGGAUUAUAAAAUAUUUCUCCCACAUACAUAAAUUACACCGUUUAGAAGAGGGUUUGUAGGCCUGCUUCAAAAUCUUCCAGGUGAUCCGGAAGUUCAUGUUACGGUCUUUAAGGUUCCACAGGUACGUGGAAUAUAUUUACCUAGCUCGAUGCUCAUUGUAAAUUGAUAAUUUAUCCUCUUUCAGUUCAGUUAGUCCAACGUAAGUCUCGUCAGGCUUGCUGUCUUUUGCAUGUAGUUAUGGUCGCUUGAUUGAAACAAUGUAUUUCCUGAGGCACUGCAAUGGCCAUUCAUGGGGUAGUCGUAAGUUUUUCUACAGUUAAUCAAUUUUUGAGACUCGGCAUUCAUGCUUGUGCUUCUAAACAAGACGCCUAAAGUCGUUUCCGUGGGAUGCGUUGGUCUAUGGAAGCAUAAUGGCGUUCUAUCUGAAUUUGGAAAAAUUAGGGAAACCGGAAAGAUGUGUCAUGUUAUGAGCAUCGAUGAGUAGGUUACCUGUAUGGGUUGGUUUAAUGUGCUUAUGACUGAAUUUGUAGUUGCCUGCGUGACAGGCUACUAUUUCUCCCCAAUCCACAUCCCCUCUUUGCUUCCUCCCUAUCCCCUACCCCUUUCGACACCUGCUACGCAAGCUAGAUUUAUAGUUGUCACUGGUCGCAAGGAUGGAGUUGAUCUUGUUUUGAUCUAUCGCUAUGUAGUUACUUUCAUAGCACGAUUUGGAUAAGAAAAAGAAGCUAUUUUGCAUCAAAACAAGGUUUAGCCGUGUCAUUUUAAGUGGAAUGUUAACGGAAACAAGUAAUGGAGAACAUGCGCAUAAUGCUCUCUGAUUAAUCUGAAGAGGAACUAUAUGUAUAAAGAUACGUCAUAUCUUGGCAGUAAGUAGCCACAGGUAACUUUUUUAAAGAGAAAUGAACAUUGUAGUUUUAGGUUAAUGGAACAAAACAAAACAAAACAUCCGCUUGCUUUAUCCAGGGUCGAACCCAGGGUUACAAAGUUCGAAAAAGUUCCAAUGUUUUAAUCCAAGAUGAAAGUUUAAUAUUCCAAGAUGCUCUUGAUACGGUUAAAAAUUAAUUGCAAUGUGUUUCCAAGGUCUCAAAGUUAACAUAGUUCCAAUGAUUUUCCCUGAUUCCAAGGUAUAAUAAGUUUACUAAGGUCCUGAUCCGUGUCCCAUCCAGAAGUCCAAUCCAUGCCGAAAGCGAGUCAUCGAUCGACGAAGACAAUAUUUUCGCGAUUUCACCGCCAAUCGUCAAGGGUACGAGUUGAAAUUUACCAGAUUUAACCUCCCAUCGUCAAGGUGUUUUCGAUGAGAAAAGAAAAUAACUGAACUCUAGCUGUGCUCGGCAAAAACUGGCGAACUCCGAAUAGAAAAAUCUAUCGGAAAUCACGGCCCGCAACCAGACGCUACUAAAACCUUAUGAAAAAGCUAGACCCAAACAAAAAAGAAUCAUGAAGGAAAGAAAUAAUUUGGCUUAGGUCACCUUUCGUGACUUGCCAGUAUCCCGAAGGAUUUCGCUGGUUAACGAGCCAUUCUAAACCACGAGUGGGAAAACUCAAGCGCGACAAAUUUCGGCAAGCGUGACGUUCUGAUUUCAACGUUCUUCAGAGGAAGCAAAUCGAUUAAAAAUCGAUACAGAGUUUGUACAAUCUGAUUGGUUGGCUUGGAAGAAGAGAUAAUCGAUAAAGAUUUUACGCAAUCCUUUUGGCUGGCUUUGCAAUUUUGGGUACAACCGAACAGGAUUUUUACCGUGGGAAUGCCACAGGCAUCCCACGGAAUAAUACAGGAACAAUGGAUGACUGUCCUUGUAGCAAAGUUCUAGUACCUGGAGCUGAUCCGACUAUUUCUUUACACAGUUUCUUGUACACACUUGCUCCAAAUCGACCUCUUCGGCAUAGCCUGCGUCGUCGAAGACACUGUAAACCUUCUGUCAUUGGUCUAGACAAUGCGUGGGCCGGCUCCAAUGCAGGCUAAACGGACCUCUCAAGACUUCGUCGCCCCCUCUGGCUUUGGAAUUUAAACCAAUUCCUUCCCCUGUAUUCGACUUAGUGUAAGCCUGGUUAAAAAUUAAAGUAUUAGACUAAAAGGCACGCCUGAUCAACCAAUUGAAAAAGAACCAGCGUUCCUCUUUUCUAUUCAGUUUACAAAUCACGAGAACGUCAUUUGACGCUUUUGGCACUUACGAGAGAAAAGCAGCGUGUCUAAUAUUACCUUAUGAUCAUGUUACGUAUUGAUUACUUUGUGGUGAGAUUGAUCAAAAUAGUUAAAAGACGUAACUCACUGGGCUUUAAUCACCUUUCGCGAAUCGAGGAGCGUUUUAAACCCCUGGAAAACACGUGAGUUCAUACCCACAUUCCGUUCAAUGUCUUAUCACGUAGAUUUCAAACAAAUAUGAAUAGUGCAGUUUCAAGCAAUAAGUAUUUUAUGACAAUUUUAACUGUCGUUUUCUGAUACCUUCAAAAACAUCGACGCUUAAGGAUUUCCUCGCGUUUUCAACACAUGUUUCUAUAAAACUGCUAAAAACAUACCGGGUUCAUGCCAGUGCAUGGUUUUUAAUUUUUGAAAGGCUGUGAAUGCAACACCUUAAUCCGAGAAAUAGCGAACCAAUCAGAUUGCUUGAAACACUAAGACCUGUGCGAAUGCUACUUAUAUAAAAACAAAGUACAUAAUUAUAAAUUAUUUACACUCCGGUUACCAGAGAACAGUCAAAGAGUAUUGAAGUAUCGAUCAGUGAAACGCGGCCAAGCAAGCUAACAGUGAGUCGCGAAUCAUGUUGUUCCUGGUGGUUCUUUUCUGUACUGUGAGCAUGUAUCGAGCAGUGCUAACAACUGCUGAUCAUGAGAGUAGAAACUUCCUUGUUCAGGACACUAAGAUAGAAGGAAAAGAAACUCACUGUUAUAGCUCCUGUCCAGUCAGUUUGAAGCUGAACCAAGUGCUCGUUGUGACAACUGAGCCAGUUAGCAUAGCCGCGUGGCUUAUCGUGAUGAUUGUGGUUCUGUACUCUACUGCUCUCAACUUGUACUUCGCCUUUAUAAUAACAGCCUCCGAAGGAGUCUUCAUUCAGGGCGCCAGGGUUGAACGACAGCAGCCCUGGGAUGAGCGAGCAGCAGCGGAUAGAACGGACAAUCUUGCUGUGAACGGAAAUCGAGCCCUCCCGCAAGAAAACGAAGGAUGACCGCCGUGAGUAGGUAAGUAACAUUUUUUUUCCUUUGUUUUUUGUUCAAUUGUUAGUUUUCUUCGAGUUUUAUAAUUUAGGAGAAAAUGUGAGUCAUCAGUUUUCUCAAAUGGACAACAAAGGAGGCAGAGUUUUGUAUCUUACUAUACGGAAUGCUAGAAUAUCCACUUACCAGGGAUAUUUUUUACAAAACUAGAUGUUUUAAAAUCUUUUUAAGUCAAAAGACUCUCCGAUGUAAAACAAUGUAAAAGUUUUCAUAUGUUCUGUUUUUUGGUUAAUUGUCUGGUUUUAUUUUUUUUCCGUUGUUUCUGUACCACUUUUUUAAAUUUGUUUUUGAUUUUUUAGUGUUUAAAACAGAAUACAACACUCAGUUGGGAGAGAAACUCGGUCGAUUAGUUAAGGAAAGAAAAAAAAAAUCAGAAACUGUUAUUUGUGCAUCAGGGGAGGUAUCUUUUUGGUUUUUCGGUGAGUAGACAAAGAAGAAAAAUCGAGAAUUAGUUUGUGAGGACUUGUUAAUGAGCCACGAGGAAAGUUGUUCAGUGGUAGUGCCACAAUGAAGAAAACCAGAAUACAACUGUUAGUUGGAAGACUUGUGUGGUCUCGGUCCAUCAUUCUACAAAAUGUGAAUACCUAUUUCAGAAAGAGUCAUUUGUGGGCAGUUUGUUCAUCGUCUGGCGAGUAAAGAAGCAACAAAUGUCAACUUGGCAGUGCAUGUGUUGUGGUUCCAUUUUAUCCUUCGCUUUUUUCUUUCUUUUUUUUUUUCAGAGUUCCGUUAAAAAUACUAUAACCUAUACCCAUCAAGAAAAAAAGCUUAAACAUUAAGAAUUUUCACAUGUGUACAUGUUUAUUAAUGCCUUUUCCUUGUUAUCCUUGUUAUUUAAGGUUAGAUCAUCCUCAGACGUUUUUGCAUUCGUUUACUCAAGUUGUUGAUGUCGCAGGAUGUACAGCAUGAAUGAGCGAUAAGCGAAUAAUAAACAAUCAGUUAUAAAUAAACAAUAUUGAUCACGGUAGACUGGACUGUGAAGGUUCGCGAUAAUAUUAGGGAGCUUUAGCAUCGACGACGGCAACGGCAGCGAAAACGUCAGUUUUAAAAUGAAUUCCCGCUUUUUCAAUCUUUGUCGCGUUUAUUCCAAUUUGCUGAAAAUAGCAAGUGUAGGCGAAUUUCCCUGGAGUUGAUUUCUUGAGGACCGCACUAAAGUUUGGACAGAGAAAAAGAGACUCGUCGUCACUUGUUUACGUCCUCCAUAAAACUUGUAAUUAGGCAUUUUCACGUCGUAGUCGUGCAAGGAGGGUGAAGAAAUGUACAAAAAAUGCGUGAUGUACGUGCAAAGUUGGUGUUUUGCGUAAUAAACCUAUCGCUUUUUUGACGUCUUGGUUGCCGUCGCCGUCGUCGUUGCUAAAGCUCCCUAUUCUCAUUCUAAGGUGCCACAUUGUAAAAGAAUGCUGAAUUCUGUUGAAUUUCUUUUGCUCGGCUUCCAUUUCAAUAGCAUUUAGCUGCUUAAUGUAUAAGAUUUUUUUUGUCUUCUAUGGGCUAAAAAAAACUUGCAUGCCUUUAUUAAACUGCCAAUACGGCUAUUCAAAUGCCCGGUGCAACGGCGUGUGUACGUGUAUAGAGGUAAGGUUCAAAAAUAACUCGUGAUCAGUGCAAUGAUGUCAUUGUACGGGGGUUCCCCGUCAUUCCAUUCAUGAUGAAUAUUUGCAUAUGCUUACUGUAACAUAAUUUAGAUUUUAGGCCAUAGAAACAACUAUGAAAAAUUGAUUAAGCAUCACCGAUAUAGAUGCUCUCUUCAACUCGUAUUGACAAAAUACCGAAUUUUGUUGAGCAGAUCGUAUUUAUGCUUAAACAACAGGGGCACCCAACGAGAAUAUAGUUCAGAACCACUUAAACAAAGCAUUGUCUAACGUAUUUUAGUAUUUAAACGGUAGAUAUAGGCAUAUUUCUAUCCCCUAAAAAUUUUUCAUCUGUUCGGAUUUCCUAGCUGAAAGUCUAGUGAUCCGAAAAUUCUAGGGAUCAAAACUUACCUUUUCGAAAAUUACAGCCAGAAAAAAGGCUCCCGAAAAUUCUAGGUGACCUUUUUAGGGUAAAAAUCCGUUAAAAAUGAGCAAUUCAUACCAUUUUUUUUAGAUGUUCGAAAAUCCUAGGAGAGGCAGGAAGGCAAGACAUUUUUCAGCAAAUGUUCCGAAAAUUGUAGAUCUCAAAUCGUCUUCCGAACAGAUAUUUUCCGAAAACAAUCAGUUAUAAAUCAGGGGCACCCAACGAGGAUAUAGUUCAAAACCACUUAACAUAGCAUUGUUGAACGUAUUUUAGUAUUCAAACGGUAGAUAUAGCCAUAUUUCUAUCCCCUAAAAAUUUUUCAUCUGUUCGGAUUUCCUAGCUGAAAGUCUAUUGAUCCGAAAAUUAUAGGGAUAAAAACUUACCUUCUCGAAAAUUUCAGCCAGGAAAAGGCUCCCGAAAAUUCUAGGUGGCCUUUUUUAAGGUCAAAAUCCCUUAAAAAUGGGUAAUUAUACCAUUUUGUGGAUGUUCGAAAAUCCUAGGAGCGGCAGGCAAGCAACAAAUUUUACAACAAAUGCUCCGAAAAUUCUAGAUCUCAAAUCGUCUUCCGAACAGAUAUUUUCCCGAAAAUUGCCGUUGGGUGCCCCUGAUAAAUAAACAAUAUUGAUCACGGUAGACUGGAAUGUGAAGGUUCGCGAUAAUAUUCUCAUUCAAAGGUGCCACAUUGUAAAAGAAUGCUGAAUUCUGUUGUCAGCCAUGUACGCCAUAGAAUUCAUCUACUACUAACAAAAAGUGGAAUUAAGGCACUUAUUUGAAUCUGAGUGUGUAUGAGUGAGAAUGUUUCGAUAUUGUGUAUUGUGCUUAUGAUAUUGAAUUGUAUCGGAAUCUAGCAGAACGUUUUACGACAGAAACUUGCUAGCGUGUCUACAUGAAGCUACAGGCUCGUUGCGCUUGUUAAGAGUGGCUAGAUGGGGCUUACUGGGAUUAUAAAAUAUUUCUCCCACAUAAAUAAAUUACACCGUUUAGAAGAGGGUUUGUUGGCCUGCUUCAAAAUCUUCCAGGUGAUCCGCAAGGUCGUGUUACAGUCUUUAAGGUUCCACAGGUACGUGGAACAUGUUUACCUAGCUCGAUGCUUAUAGUAAAAUGAUAGUUUAUCCUCUUUCAGUCCAGUUAGUCCUGGCAGUUAGGCACUGUAAUAGCCAUUCAUGGGGUAGUCGUAAGUUUUUCUGCAGUUGCACAAUUUUUGAGACUCGUUCGCGGUAUUCAUGCUUGUGCUUCUAAAUGAUAUAGGAACAAUGGAUGACUGUCCUUGAAGCAAAUUUCUAGAACCUGAAGCUGAUCCAACUAUUUCUUUAUCAGCGUCUUGUACACACUUGCUCCAAAUCGACCUCUCCGCCGGCAUAGUCUGCGUCGAAGACACAGUAAAUCUUCUGCCAGUUGUCUAGACGAUGAGUGGGCCGGCUCCAAAGCAGGCUUAUAGGACUUCUCAAGACUGCGUCGCUCUUCUGGCUUUGGAAUUUAAGCCAAUUCCUUCCCCUGUAUUCGACUUAGUGUAAGCCUGGUUACAGAAAUUAUUGAACUGAAAGGCACGUCUGAUCAUACCCUGGCUUCAGAGGUCCGUUCCCAAAAUACCUAAUAUGAAAUAAACCGUGCUUACGGUUUGAUCUCUCGGCGCUUCGCGCCUUUAGUGACGCGGCUUCGCCGCGAACGAUCAGAGUCAAUAAGAAAAAUAUAUCCUCUGAAACCCAGGGUAGUCUGAUCACUGAACCUAUCGGAAAAGAACCAGCUUUCCCCUUUGCUAUUCAGUUUACAAAUCACGAGAACGUCAUUUGACGUUUUUGGCACUUACGAGAGAAAAGCAUUGUGUCUGAUAUGACCUUAUGAUGUCACAUAUUGAUUACUUUGGGGUGAAAUUGAUCAAAAUAGUAAAAAGACGUAACUCACUGGGCUUUAAUACCCUUCGCGAAAAUUGAAGAACCAUCCACUUAUUUAACAAGUUAUCGUGCACAAACGAAUCUUGCUGUAAUAGGUAAAAAAACAACCUCAACUUUUACGAGAAUUAUGGCAGUUUCCGAGUCACUAGAAACCCCUGGAACACACGUGAUUUCUUACCCACAUUCCGUUUCAGGGCGAGGUGUUCAAUGUCUUAUCACGUGGAUUUCAAACAAAUAUAAACGGUGCAGUUUGAAGCAAUAUGCAUUAUUUGACAAUUUUAACCGUUUUUGUGAUAGUGCAGAGAAGAAAUUACUCAUCACCCGAUCAAAUGGUAGGUAAAAUUUUGUCUCCAUUCACGCUCCACGUUUACUGACUCAUUACAAGUUUAUUGUCGCGACACCGAUCAUUUAGUAUUUCCAACGAGGCAUGCAAGGUAGAUCAGCCAUUGGUUUCUAGAAAAGUCACUACAUAUGCAGCAUAUAGCUCAUCAUGAAUAGAAAUUUGCCGCAUGUUCACACAACUAAGCGCUAGUAAUCUCUACUUCUCCAGCUGCUUCUUGGAUUUUAUGUUUGCAAGUGUCGAGUGACUUUCCAACCUAUCUAUCGUCACUCUCCGAUCCGAGUCUAUAGUCUGUGUCCGGAACUGAAAUGACUGGUCGCGCGAACGUUCCUUGGUGGUUUCCGAGGCGUAUUUUUUUGUCUGUAACCCUGGAUCUCCUCCAAAAAUCCGGGAAAUAAAAGAUAACUACAGUAGGAAAACGUAAUACAGUGAGAAACUCCCGGGAAGAAACUGCUACCUUAUGCACCGAGAGGUGACCCUCUUGAGAAUAGCUUGCGUUACUGCCUUAACCGCUCAUAAAUUACUUAGUUUUAAACGAAAUGUGUCAUUUUAGAGGGAUAUCCAUUUCUUUUGCUCGGCUUCCAUUUCAAUAGCAUUUAGCUGCUUAAUAAGAUUUUUUGUUUCUUCUAUGGGCUAAAAAAAACUUCCAUGCCUUUAUUAAACUGCCAAUGGGGCUCUUCAGAUGCCCGGUGCAACCGCGUGUGUACGUGCGUAAAGGUAAGGUUAAAAAAUAACUCGUGAUCAGUGCAAGAUGUCAUUGUACGGGGUUUCCCCGUGAUUCCAUUCAUGCUGAAUAUUUGCAUAUGCCCAGAGUAACAUAAUUUAGAUUUUAGGCCAUAGAAACAACUAUGAAAAAUUGAUUAAGCAUCACCGAUAUAGAUGCUCCCUUAAACUCGUAUUGACAGAAUACCGAAUUUUGUCGAGCAGAUCGUAUUUAUGCUUAAACAAGUCGUAAUGUUUCCCAUAGGUUUGAAGGUUCUAGGACUUUUACGCAGAUGAGCAGUUCCCGUCGCUGGAACGGUUUGCUCAGCUGGGCAGUGGCAUCCUACGCAGACGGGUCCAGACGUUGCUAGGGCUUCAUUGUACGUUGACAAAGCCGCUAACAGUGUUUGCGUGGAAAACGCCGGCACUAGGUUUCGCUAAGUAAUAGUGCUGCAUGUCGAGGAAUAAAACGGGCAGGAACUAAACUCAGUGUUCAACUAAUCGACGCCAAUUCCACCGUCAAUACCGUGUUAAAAUUUCUUUCGACGGCUGUUCGGAACAAUUUCAGGUAAAGCAUUGAAUUCAUGAAUCUAUUGCAUAUUUGUUUCGAACUGACUUCUCUUAACACGUUGCCAAUGAAACUCCGUCAUGGUGCCCAUAAAUGAUAUUAAGGUAUUUCGAUACAGUUUGUCAGAGGCCAUACCGAUAUUUUUCAAUCGCCUUAAAAGUGUUUUAUUCCUUGUCCGAUCGCCAUAAAAUUUUCACCAGUAAUUGGCGUUGGAUUGAAAUUUGUAAAAUGUAGUUUUAAGUAAAAUCGAUAUUACUAUGACAACAAUAAAUAAACAAAAUGGAAAUUGAUAAAAGCCGAAUUUUGCGCAAUCUAGACCCGCUACUAAAAAUCCAACACUAGGAUCUUACAGUUUGGUGAUUAGCAAAUAACCUCCGCGAGAAGUAAAAAAUUCUGUAUGAUUGAAUUCAAAUAAAACGUAAAUAUAUUUCAAACCUCGUAUUUUCAGUAGCCGUGAUAAAUUAUUUAAUAAAAAAGUUCAAAAUAACUUAAGUUAAUCUUAAGUAGAGUCGGAAUGUUCCUAAACAUCAUAUUUCGAUACUAGGAAAGUUUGGUGUAUUUUCGUUCUUGCGAUCUUGAAAAACAACCUGCUUUCUCAACACCUGUCUAAGCGCAACUUUAUUUGAAAUCUUGACUUUUAGCGCUUUUUUGUAUAUCUCUGAAACUACUCGAACGAAUUUUUUUAAAAUCAAAUCCCAUAAUCUUCAUAAUGUAUGUAAUAAUGUCUGAAACUUUCAUUAAGAUUGAUUCACUCUGACACCUUGAAAUUUCAAGACGAACCUAGCCUACGAGCUGGCCAAAAAUCUGCGUUACAAAUUCACUGUUUUGGCGUUAUGGUAAUGUUUGCUAAUUAAUGCGCACGGUACAUACCUCCAUAACCAGUACAUUUCAGUGUGACAGAAUAUUUCGAAAAAAAUUAAGCCGCAUGUUUUUCUUCUUCGGUUGGUGUUUUCAAAAUGCCUGCGGUAAGAAAGUAUUUGCAAAGGAAAAGGCAACAGUUUGCCAGAAAUAUUGCUAGAGAAAGUCGUCAUGAUAAGUUUGUUGAAGAAAAAAACAGGAAGGUGACAUCAGGAGAAACAAAAAGUCAUCAAAUGCUGGAAUACAGAAGAAGGUGCUUACGAGCCCUCAGAGCUAAGCGUUGGAAGAAAGCCGGGCCAAGAAGCUCACAACAACCAUCGAACCAAGAGAGCCUGGAACUUCGCUCUGCACGUUCUCAAACUUUACCAGAAUUAGACGAAAAUUACAUCGUUAAUCUAAAAUUAUUAGGUGAAGGAUUAAGGCAGUGCCAAAAGUGCCAUGCUGGACCUUUAUCGCUCGACGACAUAUGCAAGACACCCUGCGUAUAGGACUUGGUGUGGUUUUGCAUGUUAAGUGCAAGGAUUGCAAAGAAGAGAACAAGAUCAAGCCAUACCAUUCUCACAGAACGAUGAGACGAGGCCCUAAAACAGUCACAUUGAAUUCAAGGGCAGCAUUGGCAAUGAUUCACACUGGUCAGGGGCACAGUCACCUGAAAGCCGAUUUAUCUAUACUUGGGGUUGGCGCAAUGACCAGUGCGACAUUCAAAGCAAGGGAGCGUGAAGUUGGAUCAGCAAUUGAGAGUGUUUGUCAGGAAAGUUGCGCACAUUACAGGGCGAAGGAGAAGGCGGAAUCUGACAUGGUAGACAGCAAUGGGGACGCACUUAUAUCAGUGGCAUAUGACGGGGCGUGGCAGAAGCGCGGAAAGGCACGAGAUUCGAUAACAGGGUUUGGGACAGUGAUUGGAGAGUCGACCGGAAAAGUUCUUGACUAUGGCGUCAGAUCUACACGUUGCCGCAAAUGUGAGAUUGCUGGUGAAUCAAACGCAGUGUCGCAUAACUGCAGAAAAAAUCACAGCGGCUCUUCAAAGUCUAUGGAGCCUGAAAUAGCGGUGGCAUGCUUCAACAAUGCUACAAAUCAUGGUCUUAAGUAUUCUUCUUACACCGGUGACGAAGACGCAACAACGGAAAGUCAUGUCAAAUGUCGAGUUAAUUACGAGACCGCGAAGAAAACGGACAAAAACCAUGCAACCAGGACACUGGGAAGUCGGUUGUACAGUGCACAAAAGACUGUUAAGGGUCUCACUUCCGUAAUUAUUAAUUAUUUUCUAAAGUUGUUUGCAUAUUGCAUUUCAACUAAACAAGGAGAAUCAGCGAAGAUAAAGCAAGGACUAAACUCCUUGGUGUGCCACGCAUUUGGCGAUCAUUGCAAAUGUGACGUAAGCUGGUGUGGCGCUCUCAAAGAUCCGUCCAACUACAAGUUUAAAGAUUUGCCAGGAGGGAAGCCGUUGUCAGAUGAAAACGUUCGAGCUGCAAUAGAAAGUGCGGUAAAACCAUUUCAAACAGACGAAUGGUGUGAAAAGCUUGCGAAUUGUGGCUCAAGCCAGGCAAAUGAAUGUGUUAAUGCAGGAAUCGUAGGAACUAAGGCUCCCAAAAUAAGACACUACGGAAGUUCAGAGAGCCUAAAUUUCCGUGUGGCGUCAGGGGUAAGUCAGUUCAAUGAGGGCUAUGGAUAUCUGACCCAGACCACGAAAGCCCUUGGAUUAGAAGAGUCAAAGGUAACCUCAGUGUUUGUAUCAAGGCAAUCGAAAAAGCGAAAGAGGGAACAAGAACGUAAAAAGGAACCCGGGGUGAAGAGAAGGAGGAAGGAAAUGAAGAAGAUGAAAAUUAGAAAGAAGGAACGACUAGAAGGAAACGAGGGAAGCACGUAUGGAACUGGUAUUGGAGUAACUGAAGAGGGAAAGACUGUAACGAAAGGGAUUAUCGAAGGGUUACAGAAAAGUAUGUCGCAACAGGAGAUAGACGAGAUAUGCAGUAACCUUGAUAUUGAAUCCUCGUCAAGAGAGUCUAAGACAGUUGAAACAGACGGCGUGUUCUCCUAUUUUUCCGUCGACUUGGAGACGACAAGCUUGAAACGCGACAGUGAAAUAAUACAAAUCGCUUGUGUUUCUGUUGCAGAUAAUCAUUCUUCUUUCAGUACCUACGCUGUUCCCGACAAUAACGUAUCGGCUCAUGCAACAAAAGUGAAUAAACUGUCCACUGCUUACUCUGGUGGAAAGAAGGUCCUUCUUAAAGGCAACGUUGUAGUUUCUGACAUUUCCGAAGAACAAGCCGUUCAUAAUUUUGUUACAUUUUUAGAACAAAUAAAAAAGGCAUCGAGUGGCUCCACAAUAGUGCUCAUUGCCCAUAACGGAGAUGGUUUUGACUUCCCAGUUUUAGUUAAUUCAUUGGCAAAGCAUUCCCUUAUUCAGAGAUUAGAAGAUCUGGGAGUUCUUUUCUUAGACAGUUUGAAAGUCCUUGCGAGUUUAAAUGAGUUAAAACGAAAAGGCAAAGAAAGCCGAAGCUUGAGUCUUCCGAGUUUGUAUUAUAGCCUCUUCGCUAAAGACUUUGAUGCCCAUGAUGCGCUUGGGGAUUGUAAGGCCUUGUCAGAGGUUUUGUUGGCUGUGAUUCCUGGUGAGAAUUUCGUGAAAUAUGGCAAUUUACGUACCGUGGAAGAGGUGAAAAAUGACAUUUCCAAACGAUCUGUUAUACGCAGGACAGUAAUUUCCCUUCAAGAUCUGCCCGUCUCUAAGGGAAUAAAAGAAAAGUUGGCGAAGGCAGGAAUUGGUCUACAGCAACUCAAUGAAGUAUUUGCUAAACAUGGAACAAGAGGACUUUUGGGUCUUUUGGCAGUUCCACCAAAUGGAUUAAAGGCUCCACGUGUAACAAAGAACAAAAACAUCCUCAAAGAAUAAUCAAUUUCUUUGAGAACAGACGUUAAUAAGAGCCUUACUAGUAAUUGUUUCCUUUUUCUGCUUCGUUUCCUUUGCAUGUAGUUUUAGAGGAACGUCAAACAGCGGGUGAAAAAUUGAGAAGUCAAAAGUGACAAUGUUAUCAUUUAAUGAGAUGCAAUAAAAUUCACACUGAAAUGUACUGGUCAUGGAGGUAUGUACCGUGCGCAUUAAUUAGAAAGCAUUAGCAUAACGUCAAAACAGUGAAUUUGUAACGCAGAUUUUUGGCCGACUCGUAGGCUAGGUUCGUCUUGAAAUUUCAAAAUGUUAAAGUGAUUUUCAGCCAUUAUUACACACAUCAUGAAGAUUAUGGGAUUUGAUUUUAAAAGAAUUCGUUCUAGUAGUUUCAGAGAUAUACAAAAAAGCGCUAAAAGUCAAGAUUUAGAAUACAGUUGCGCUUAGACAGGUGUUGAGAAAGCAGGUUGGUUUUUUAAGAUCGCAAGAAUGAAAAUACACCAAACUUUCCUAGCAUCGAAAUAUGAUAUUAAGCAACAUUCCGAAGCUACUCAAGAUUAACUUAAGUUAUUUUGAACUUUUUUAUUAAAUAAUUUAUCACGGCUAUUGAAAAUACGAGGUUUGAAAUAUAUUUACGUUUUAUUUGAAUUCAAACAUACAGAAUUUUUUACUUCUCACGGAGGUUAUUUGCUUAACACCAAACUUUAAGAUCCUAGUGUUGGAUUUUUAGUAGCGGGGCUAGAUUGCGCAAAAUUCGGCUUUUAUCAAUUUCUAUUUUGUUUGUUUUUUUGUUGUCAUAGUAAUAUCGAUUUUGCUUAAAACUACAUUUUCGCAAAUUUCAAUCCAAUCGGACAAGAAAAAAAAACACUUUUAAGGUGAUUGAAAAAUAUCGGUAUGGCCUCUGAAAAACUGUAUCGAAACAAUUUAAAUUGGCAGCUAAGUAGGGGUAGGGACUUCUAUCAGGGGCGCCAAGAGAGGAUUUUUUGCCUCCCAAAAAAAAAAAAAAAAGAAAGAAAGAAAGAAACAGAGAAAAAAUCCUAGAAUUUUCUGGAAUUUCCCAGAAACUCCGGUGUAAUUUUAAAUCGGGCAAACAGUAAAGCACAGCUUUAAUUUUUUAUCGAUUUAUUUUAUUAUUCAUUUAUAAUUUAAAUUUUAUCCCUUUUAUCACCGUGCUUCUUACUUAGGCAAAGUGAAGUAACUUGAAGAUUUACUUAGACCCUCGAAAACGCAUUUUUGGCUGAGUAAGCUGCUAAGUUUUAUUUACCAAAAAUGUGCGUGUGAAGGCUGAUGUAAAAAUCUCAUGGCAAGUGACUUUAAUUUGCAUCUCAAGUCGGAAAGUUGAAGCGAUUCAAGAAAGUUUCAGUGACUUGAAAGCCAUCCUUAUAACAGACUCAGAUGACUUGCGGUUUCUAGGGCUUUUAAUCAGGCUUAAUAUCUCUCUCUGUGAGAAACUGCUCCGACGCUCUUUGGAUUUGAAAUUCGCAAAUUGGGUUUCUAUAAGGAGUCCAAGGUAGGAGACACAAGUAGCACAUCACUUUUUUUGAGACCUUGGCAACUCUCAAGCGUGCAGUCGAGUCUUUGCUCGAAUGAAGGCUCGCUGCUUGCAACAUUUUGAUUCUAUGAUAUGAUGCAAGUGGAAAAAGAAAAUUAAAUAAAGCAAAAAUAUUGUCAAAAUCCUCCUCUUCUCCACCCCUCGACGGAACCGCCACCACGAUCACUUUUAAGUAAAUGGUCCAAUAAAAGCCCCCUCUAAAUUAUUAAGUUUGUAUUAGACGACGCUCCUUUCUAAAAAACGCCCAUACCUAAUAAUAGACUCCCCCCUCUCCUCUUCCCUCCAUAAGAACCCGCCCUCCAAAAUACUAAAUACCCGCGCUGGUACCACGUCUCCUUUCUAUUGUAAUCCCCAAGAAAAGUAAUUUUCCUCUUUAAACCAAAAGUCCCGGAUAUUUGAAUGAUUAUGUGGGGUUGUCGACUGUAACCCAUUCGAAUCGUGUUCCAUAAUCUACCCUAAAUUUAUUUCAGUCGUCUUCUCAAGACGCAGUUUCGUUCCGACUUGGGGCCGUGCAAUGGCUGAAAUUCAGGCUGUUAACAUGAUUGCAUUCUAAUCCGUCAAAAUCGAGGUUUUGUCAGCGUGGCUUGAAAUCGAUGAGGCAGUAAGCUUUGGCUAUGUCGUCAUCAUCGCCAGUAAAAUCUGCGACGCCCAGGAAACUACGUUUCAGUCAGUUUGCAAAUUCCUCCGCAUAGUUUUGUGUAGGCAUUCCAUCAGUAUUUUGGGAGUUCUCGUAAAAAGCGACGUGUCCACAAGGCGAGAGUUUACUGUUACGCUGCUUACCAUUUGGCAAAAAUUUCCGAAAUUCUUGAGGGGAAAUCAAGUCAUACACCAAUUAAUUUGCAAAUUCCAAAUUUCGGGUUACUUCCAUGCAGCGGUACACCUUCUCCUCCCUUUCAGAAUGGGAAGUCGCAACCGUCUCUUCUUCAGGGCUUUUCCCCUUGAAGUUUUUAGAAAACUGAAGGGACGACCCUCACAUUUUCUAAGGGAAAAGCCCCGAAGACGAGGUUGGUGAUGUCUGGGUAUUGUGUACAAUUCACUCAUUUUUACGAAUGUCAAGCGAUUGCAGGUAAGUGUUACCAAACGUGUAUUUAAAAUUUAUUGCUAUGAAAAAAAAAAUCGAUAAUAAAUAAAUAAAAAACUUGAUGGAGCCUUCCCGUCAUCUUCGAUUAUUAUUUUAUUAUUAGUAGUCUAACUAUUAUUGUUGUAACCAUCUUUUAACUUGUUUCUUUUUAAUAUCAGACGGAUAAUUUUCUUUUGUCAUGACUUAAUUUAAAACACUGGGCUGCCUGCAAGAGUUACAUGUAUUGAUCGCACCUGAGCCGCAAGGAAUGAAUUUGGGAAAUCGUUAUUGACACUAUGAUUUAUAUAAUUCUUAAUAUGUUUCAUAGUGCUUGAUUUUUACUUCCAAUAUUUCUGUAAAUUAUGUACAUAUUUUUUUAAAGUUCAAUAAAAUUGUUGGUUAUUGUUUUUAAAAAUUAUUACUAUUAUUAUCAUUAUCAUUAUUAUUAUUAUUUGUUUUCCGUCACAAACCGGAAAACGAAUAAUCAAAGCGUACGGUCAUUCAUCAGUAACCGGUUCAUGGUGGCAAAUCAGGGUAACUAGCCAUGAAAACAGCAACUAAAUCUUGUGAAUGACCUGUGCCUGAUAAUAUUGAGAAAAGAAUAAAAUAAAUUAAUUGGAGAAAGCAAGUAAACACUCAGUGACCUGUUUUUUUUUGUUUUUGUUUUUUUUUUUAUCCGCGGACGUACAAUGUACAUUUAGUCAGUGCAAUAACAUCGUCACAGAAAAAUGCUAAAAAAAAACAAUGUAACUGAAUGUAAAAUUAAAGCCGCAUAGGAAUUAUUACACUCACUGCUAACUAAAUUAAUAACUGUCGGUUAUAUUCAUUUCCAACAAACGCGUAAAGUCAUUACAUUUUUUAUAAUUUUUUAAUUUACAUUUGUUUUGUUUUAACGCUUUAAAAACUCCUAUAGUGCGAAUACGGGUGUUUAUGAUUUUACUAUUUUGGGUAGCACCCUUGUGCAUCCUCCUCCCAACCCAAUCCAAGGGAAAAACCCAAGGGAACGGGGCUGCCCCUUGAAGUAAUCUGCCUGGCAUUAGCCUCUUAAUACGUCAAACAGUGGAAUCGUGCGAUUUAAAGACGUCAGAUCAAACGUCCCUAAAAGCUAUAUAUAAUGGACGAGGACGGACGCGACUUCCCCUAAUACAUAUGAAACGGGUAAUUCAAGUUCAUGUAAUAUGCUAUGAUUAUCUCUGAGGGGUGAAAUACGUUUAUUCCCCGUUUACUAUAUAAUUAUUAUUACUAUUUUUUUUUUUUUACGGAACAAUAAGUUCAUUCAUUUUUAGGAAAUUCAUAAUGAGUAAAAAUUGCCGUUAUAAGUUCUUGUCCCAUUUCUACCGAUCACAUUGUUACUCACUCAUCUGAGUUCAUGUCUGUAGCUUAAUCAUGCCAGGUUACAGUUUGGCUGCAGUUGACCAAUCAAGAAUCGACGAAAAGUGUCUAUGCCCUAAAUGUAAGGGUCUUCUCAAAGAAGCUGUUCAGACCAUAGAGUGUGGUCACAGAUACUGCAAAACAUGCGUCGAUGCCCUGUUAGAGUAAGUUAAUAUGAUCAUGGACGACGAAGUAAAAUUUAAUGAAGGCGAAAAUAGUGUAAGAAAAAAAAAACAUUUCUCAACAAACAACGAAAACACGCUUGGCCUAAGAAGUCUGGCUGUGGUAGCUAUAGACCCUUCCCGGUUGUUGUUGUUGUUGUUGUUGUUUUUUUUGUCAAAACAGCUUAGACUUACGCCUUAAAAUUCGUAAAGGUGCCAAAUUUGAACGUGAUUGGUUGAAAACUAACGAAGAUUUAGCUUCGAAAGUCACCGAAUUUCAAAUUUCAAAUUCAGUGGAAGUCGAUGUAGUUCAGACCGACUUUUGUCUUUGUAACAUACCCACACUGAUUACUUAACAAAUGGCCCGUUUAUUCAGGAAAUUUGAAAUUGAAUCUUUUCAGGAUCAGAACUCCCCGAGCUGUUGACGAAAGGUCAUGGGCAUUUAAAUGAAUUUAAACAAGCGUUUAUUUCACUCUUUUUUGUCUCUGAUUUAGCCAUGAAGAUGGGAAGUGUGUUAUUGAUAGAUCAAAUAUUAUACGAGAACAGGUAAGUUUACUUUAUUCCUUUUUCUUACUUCAUAUCUACUUCUGGACUCCUUUUUUUUCCAGUAAAUCCUUUUCUUUUCGAUUGUAAGCAAGAUUACAGUACAUGAAAUAUUUUCUGUUUCAUUUCUUUUUCCCGCUUUUUGCAAGUGUCAACAUCUAUUUUUGAUUUAAACACUUCAAAUAAAUUUCCCUCUGUUACUCAGAGGCAUAACAAUUUUACCGUAAUUGCCACCUUCAUUUAAGAAAAAAACUGUUUUUUUUUAGAUAAUUUUAAAACAAUUCUGUACAUAACGUUUGGAAACCAAAAUACCUAUGACAAGACACAGAUUUACGGCAACCCAUGCAACUAAGUCGAAGUGCCUCUCUCUUCCUGAGGUCUUACUGGAGGAGGGUCAUCCACUAGAAGAUUAGCGCUUGUUUUUCUAGAUGUUUCAGUUUUUAUUCUUUCCUUGCGUAAACUAUAUAUUUUUUUGUCUUUUUUUUUUCAAUCUGUAUCACAUGCAAACCGAGCAUGCAUUGGAGUGAAAUAAAUCUUAUUCUCUUGUCUUGCCUUGUCAUUCUUGUCUUGUACUAUAAGAUUUUAAACAAAGAAAUGUUACGGAGACCGGAUGUGUUUGCAUGUUGUCAUUUUCGAUUUUUAUUUGUGAGAUCAGUAUUAACUCUGGGUUUCAAUAACAUUUCAGGUGUUCUUGGACAGAUUUAUUGAACGUGAAAUCCAAUCAAUGUUGGUUCAUUGUGUUCAUCAUGAUCAGGGCUGCGAUUGGAAAGACGAGUUAAAGAAACGAGAGGUAUACAGUAGUAGGCUUUUUAAUAAUGUCGCUGAAGAACUUAUCAGUUAUUUUUCUCUUUUAUUUAGUAUCGUGCUUCUUUCAGCAAAGUGCGCUGGUACAAACGAUACGAAUAUCUGUGUGGCGACACCCUUAUAACUCAAGUUGUUUAAGCCGGGAUUCUGAGCGCUAGACUUAAUAGAAUUUUUCUCUGCAAAGAAUUUACAUAUGAAAAUUGUGUUAAAUCCCAGAGGAGAGAAACGCCGUUGUUCUUGAUCACCAAAUUGAACGUGGCCGCCUUGACGUUACGUACAUGCAAAGCAACGAUUUGUUUUGUCAAGAGAGACGUGACGUGACUCUCUUAUUAUAAUCAAGGGAGUUAAAUUUCUCUAGUGCACUUAUUUUCGAUUUAGACUAAUAUACGAUUUCAUAGUGCCCCGCUCUAGACCGUCCACGUUUGUCAUUACAAAACAGUAGGUUAUUUUUUUUACGGUUUUUGACCAUGCCGUGAACGAUAUCUUACGGAUACCAAAUGUUCUUUAUCCUAAUUAUAUUCUUGGAGACUCCGGGGAGGAAAAUCUUUCCAUCGAUUUCCUGCUUGACAUCUGACUACAUCACUAGUUCAACUGAAUAAAAUUGCCAUUAAAGUAUGCAUGUACAUAUACGUUUUCAGGAUCAUGAAGCAGUCUGUGCAUACGUUCAAGUACCAUGUGUCCAUUCAAAAUGCGGGGAACUAGUGACUAGGGCAAAUCUGGUAGAACAUCUUGAGCAUUCAUGCAAGUUCAGAAUGGAAGAAUGCGGGUACUGCCACGCUUUGGUAGAAAAUGCAUUCAUGAAGGUAGAUGUUAAGUUAUUUUACUAAGCUUUACUUUUUUGUUUGUUUGUUUGUUGUUGUUGUUGUUGCUAUCACUUAUAUUUUAAGCCCAAUUUCCUAACAAUAGGUAUGCAUCCUUCCUCGUAAUGCAGCUUUAGGUUUUGUCGUAAUACGCCGUUUUUUCUCUGCAAAGAAUUCGUCGUAUCGCCGUACUAAAAUUUUCUUAACUUUAGAUUAACCUACCUUAUAGUUUCUUGUUUCUUACAAUCUGGUCUUUAAUGGCUGAUUGCCGUUUUAAAAUCCCUGAAAACCCAAAUGAAUGUUUAUAAAUCAUGAAUCUUCAGGUGAAUGAAUUAUAUUGUUGCUGUAGUAGAAACGAAAUGCUAUGGUAAUAAGCUAAUCAUGUAUUAUUAUGCACAGGGUCACCAGGAAUCUCAGUGUCCUUCAGUCCCUACAGUUUGUCCAGAGUGUGACAGGAAAGACAUACCUCGAGCUCAGGUGAGUUUUUUCGCCCCAUGUAAGGGAAUCCAAGACAGUCUUGGAUUCUGGAUCCCAAGCCGUUGAUUUCGGAUUCCAGGUAGUGGAUUCCAGUCAGUGUCAGUGGAGUUUGGAUUGUGGAUUCCAAUCGUUUGUAGGAUUCCGUAUUCCACAAGCAAAAAUGUCCCGGGUUCUGGAAUCCGGAUUUCCUUACAUGGAGCUACAUCUGGCGAAUAUCUACUAAGGCUGCCAUCUCAGUCAAAAUGUACAUUUAAUUUUAUCGUAUUUGAAUGGGUAAUCACAUGAUUUCGAGUGCAAUUUGAAAUAAAUAAUCACGAGUAUAUUUUUCAAAGACCAACAAAAGUGCACGAGCCAGUAGAGCGAGUGCACUUCGAUGUGGUCUUUGAGAAAUUUACGUAUACAAGUGCUUAUUUAUUCCAAAUUGGAUGAGAAAAAUCAUGUGAUUAAUUGAUUAAUUAACUCAAAUUUAUCAUUUAUUGAGUGUUUUCAGUUCGUCUUCCGUUUAUCAAUAUGUAGAUACUAUGGACAGAUCAAUUUUUUGUAACAACUUUAUUGGUUUUGAUCUUAACCCGUUUAGAUGUUUGCCCAUAUUGAUCCAGUGAAUGGAGACUGCGAGGGAGUGCUAUCACAUUGUCUGUGGACACAGAUCGGGUGUUCCGAGACUAAGGUAUGGAAACUGCGACUUCAAUUCAGUUGAUUAAUAAGUUGUUAGUUUCGUAACUAUUGAAAGAGAUGAGCAUGGUAAAAAAGAAAAAGUUACACUCUAAAUGUUAUACUGUGUCAGCGACGGAAUCGAAUACGAGAGUAUAAUUGUCUGCCGAAACAGAAGAUUUUUCAGCUCAUGCUGGCUAUUUCCAGUCAAAAAAAAAAAAAGAAAAAAAAAAAACAGAACAAAUAUAAUUAGAGGUCUUCCUCUCAAGGCAGGUACUUAACUGUGAUGAUUUUAAGACUAAUUAAUUUGGCAGACCGUAGUAUCUCCAAUUGUACUAUCAAGUUAGAAUACACUCUACAGUAUGCAUCACAUGCAAACGGGAUAUGAUUAUAACCUUCAAACUGAUAUACGUUAACUUGUGCAGAAUGAAAAACCCUAGUAAGUGGUUGGAAUAUAAUAAGUGCAAAGAUCAAAUCUUUCGCUAUAUCAGCCGUUCACGUCAUUUGAUUCAUUCUAGUUCAACAUGAACGCGAGUUUUACACCAGUCAAAGUGUAAGUAAACAAUAGCUUUAAAGAUUUUGAAACAAAAAAAAACUAACUAGUUAGGUAUCCUUAGUGCAAUUUAGUAAGUAAUUUUACAUCAUCACUUAGAACUCUCUUUCUUUCUUUCUCUCUCUUGAUUAUUUUUCCAGACUAUGAAGUUACAGGAAAGAAAGAUCCAUGAAGAAAGACAUGCCUCUGUCCACCUGAUGCUCCUCUUUCAGACCGUUAUGCAACUGUUUGCAAUUGUUGGAAGGAACGUGCGAGAAUCUGGUAAUUUGUCACUGAAUGGAGUAAAUCUCCCUGCGCAAACAGAAUUAGAACAUUUUUCCAAACAACUGGAGAAUGUGUUAAGGGAAAACGAUGAAUUAAAAUCUAAAGUAGUUGAACAAGAACAGCGAAUACAACAGUUGGAGGGCGCUGGACAGAAUGGCCCUCUUCCAGGAAACUCAGCUGGGGCUGCGCUCGAUUCGCCGUUAGGAGAGGAUCUUUUGAACAGAAUAAAUACAGAAGAGGUGAAGAUAGCCGAUCUGGAAGUUUUGUUCGUUGAAGGCAACAAGUUUAACGAAGAGCUUCAGCGUCAAGUCUCUAGCAUAGCCAGGCGACAGGAGUCUUGGAAUGGGACUGUGGAUAGACUACAGAGACAGUUUGAAUCCAUGAGUCACUCAUUAGCCCUUCGAAAUGUAAUGAUGACCGAUUUGGAUGAACAUGUUAGAGAGCAACAAGUUUCUAGUCAUGAUGGAGUCUUGGUUUGGAAGAUUUCUGACUUCGCCAAAAGAAGACAAAAUGCAGUCACUGGAUAUGAAACGUCGUUUUACAGCCCCUGUUUCUUUACCAGUCGCUAUGGAUACAAGAUGUGCGCACGCGUCUACUUGAAUGGUGAUGGCAUUGGAAAAGGUACGCACAUUUCAAUCUUCUUUGUGGUCAUGCGUGGUGAGUACGAUGCCCUUCUCCGCUGGCCAUUUAGACAGAAGGUGACGUUCAUGUUGUUGGACCAGAACAACGUGGAACAUGUGAUCGACUCGUUCAGACCUGAUCCCAACAGCUCCUCAUUCCAGAAGCCAAGAAGAGAAACAAACAUCGCCAGUGGAUGCCCUACAUUCUGUCCCCUUUCCGAAGUAAACAAUCAUGCCUAUAUUAGAGAUGACGUCAUGUUUCUGAAGGUCAUUGUCGACACCACCGAUUUAUAAAGCAAUUUGAAAACUCCAAUUAGCUAGAAAUUAUGAACUUUUUACCCUGAUUAAAAAACUUAUAAAGAGACAACGAUAACAACACAACAAAAUCAAAUCAGGAGGCUGUAAUUUGAUGACUUAUUAGAUGUCUCUACAGAAGUGGAAUGGAUACGAGACAGAUCGAGAAGUGCGUGCGCAUCUACUGGAAUAUCGAGGGCACUGAAAAUAGUUUCUUCUCUUGCUAUUCUGGCAGAGGGUCACGUGCACUGUUUUGGAUCAUUAUCAACUCGGAACAUAUGGUAGACAUUAAGCCUGAUCCCAAAAGCUCAGAGGAGACUGAAGGUUUGGAUCUGCUCAAAGACGAUCACCCUGACCUUGGCUAACGGUGACUACAAUGGAUUGACUUGUAGUGGUAUUUUCCACGUUGUUAUUGUAUACUGCUGAGAGGAUGAUAAUCAAGAUUCUUAUAGAGAUCCUCAUCAGUGAAUAUACUGACACUAGAGAAAAUGUAGCUCAUUCUCUCUCGUCUGACAUUAUUUUCAAUUCAUAGUACCUAGUAUUUAAUUCAUUUAAAUGC